GAUGAGGAUAUUCAAACGCAGCAAUUAUCCGAUCCGAUAUCUUUGAUUGAGAUCGAGUUACAGAAGCUCGGAGGUGGUUCCAAGCUCCGAGCAAUUACCAAGCUCUUUGCUGCAGUGACAAGUGAAAAACAGUUCCCAGGUGAAAUCACAACCCAACUCUAAAAUCAGUUGUUUGUUGUUUAUUUUGAAGUAAAAUGUCAUAACAAAAAAAAAUGUCAGAAAUAUGUCUAAUUUGUCUAAAAACAAAUUCGGAAUUAUUAAAUAUAGGAAAAGAUUACAAUGAAAACGAUGGAAUUUUAAACAAAUUGAUGGAAUGUAUUCCAGAACUGGACUGGAAUCAUACAUUUUACCUAUGUACUUUGUGUUCUCAACAAGUACAUGAAGUACACUCGUUUAAACAACAAUGUGUAGCGUCUUACAAAUCAUAUUGGCUACUAAAAAGCACUGAUACAUUGUUAAAAGAAGAAAAACCUACAAAAUUGGAACUUGACCUCAUUAUAGAUGAUACUAAAGAUUCUGAUAAUUUAGCCCACAACAAUUUAGCUUCCGAUGACUGUGUAUCGGAUUUUAAAGAGGAGGAAGAAGAUUCGGAAAAGGUAACCAAAAGUACUAAGAGACAAGGUAUUGACAGUAAGAAGGUCCCUUGCAAGAUAUGUGGAAAGAUAUAUGCUUCAAAAUAUGUCUUAAAAAGGCAUACAAGAGUUUGUUUAUUAAAACAUGACAAUGGGAGCAAUGAGACCAAUAAUACUGACUCUCCGGAUGACUUAAAAGUAGCUCCAUCUUGCCUGGAAUGUGGAAUGACAUUCAAAAAUAAAUAUUUACAAAAGCGUCACUUAGAUAAUGUCCACAUAAAGGAAAAGAAGUUUGUAUGUGACAUAUGCAACAGAAGUUUUGCCUCAAUGGUCUACCUUAAUGCCCAUAAACGGUAUCACUCGGGCGAUAGGCCCCAUGUUUGUUCUUUUUGCGGUAAAGGUUACAUAACUGCUAGUGAUCUUUACCAUCAUGAAAAAAUCCAUGCCAAUAAGAGGAACUACAGAUGUGAGAUAUGUCCAAAAGCUUUUAAUACUUCUUCAGAUCUGUACAAGCAUAAAAUCUGUGUCCACAUGGACAGAUCCCUUUGGAAAUACACUUGCGAGAUUUGUAAUAGAAAGUUUCCUCUUAAAAUAAAUUUGGAUAGUCACAAAAAGACACAUACAGGUGAAAAAAAUUUUCCCUGUCACCUAUGUGACAGGAAAUGUAUUAAUAUGUCAGUAUUGAAGCGGCAUUUACAGACUCAUUCUCAUUUAUUUUUCUACAAAUGUGACAUUUGCGAUCAGGGAUACAAAUACCAAAAGUCGCUGGAUAUCCACAAAGCAAAAGCUCACGGUAUCGGUACAAUAAAAAUCCAACAAACUGUCAAAAAGUUUAUAUGUCCACUUUGUUCUAAAGCAUAUUCGGCUAAUAACAAGUUACAAAAACAUUUAAGGGCGCAUAUGGGUGAGAAACCUUUUAAAUGUCCAGAGUGCCAAAAGGGAUUCACAGAUAAAUCCUAUGUCAAGCAGCAUUUGAAAACCGCUCAUAAUAUACCAAAAGAAGAUAUAUAAAUUAAAAAGAGGCAAUAAUUUAAUGUAUUUUUAAGAAAAAUUAUUUUUAUACAAAAUUGUAUUUUUUCUCAUAC